UCUUCCAUGUCAUGGUUUGUAACACUACCACCGAGCUCUUAUGAACAUCGACUAAUCCUAAUAUAUUGAGCAUCCAAGAUUCCGAGAAAAGAAAUGGAAGGGAUAAUAUUUUCUGCAGGAUACAAUGAAUUGAUGAUUAGCUUCUGAUCCAACAAUCUCAACUUCUGAGAUGCUUUGAUGAAUGCAGGCCAAGAACGAGGCAGUUGCCCACUGCAAUAUUGUAAGUCAUGGCAUCUGAAGGGAAGUGAGAGCACAUGCUAAUCAUUUCCGGUGAGCCAUGUAAUCAUGUGAUGGCAUUUGCUGUGGGAUGGCCUCUCCUCAUCAUUAGCAACUCCAUUCGAUCAGAGAACAAUCAUCAGGCUUACAUAAAUGCAGGGGGGGCCCAUACCUGCGCUCUUUAAUGCCGACCUCAGAUCAUGUUCUUGCCCUGCCAUAGAUUUCCUACAUUGCAUCUUCUCCUCCUCCAACAGGAAAAGAACAGUUCCAUUCCAGAUUCUGAGUUUAUUUGGGCAUGAAGGGAUCGACUUUGACAAGGUAACUGAGUUCAUCAGUGGCACGGUGGAUGGAGUCUACCAUGAAAGUGAUGAUCACAUACAAUCCAUGUUACUAACUUAGAAUCCACAUUGACCAUAUGUGGACUCCACUCCCGAUCAAAGAAAACAUGGGCCGACCGUCAGAGAAUAUACAUAUCUAGCCACCACCACCACCUCUUCUUGUAUAUAAGCCUCCCACCAUGCAAACCCUCCCACUACCCCAACCUAAUAAUACACCUAAACAUCAUUGCUGGACUGCUCUUUCUCUUGGUAAUGGGUUUCUCCUUCUUCUUCUCCUCUUCUUCCUCCUCUGCUUCUCCGGGCUCUGAUGUCACUCAGGAGAAGAAAAGCAAACGCAGGACGCAGCAGGACAGCAGCAGCAGCAGCGAGAGCAACGGGAACGGCGCCAACAGCGCGAGCGCCGGUGGCGGUGGCAUGAGGUACCUCGGCGUGCGUCGUCGGCCGUGGGGCCGGUACGCGGCGGAGAUUCGCGACCCGGCGACCAAGGAGCGGCACUGGCUGGGCACCUUCGACACGGCGGAGGAGGCGGCCGUCGCGUACGACCGCGCCGCCCGCACCCUCCGCGGGGCCCGCGCGCGCACCAACUUCGCUUACCCAGACCUCCCGCCCGGCUCCUCCCUCACCCCCUUCCUCUCCCCCGACCUCCAGCCCCCGCCCUCCUCCUUCACCCUCUCCGCGCCAUCGCCGAUACAGGACUCCGGUCACCACGCGGCCGCCGCCUUCCCAGCUCUGGGAGGUCAGGGCGACUACAAUGCUAUUGCGGACAGUACAAUCUCCGACGACGGGACCCAUUACUACUACCACAACCAGCAGCAGCAGGAGGAUGGGUUACAGUACACGGCCUCGACGCUGCCGGCGUCUCAGCCGGCCGUGGCGUUUCCUUGGGAGUCGAGUGGUGCUUCGGAAGCGGGCGAGGAGGACCUGGCGGCCAUGUGGUGUGACCCGGGGGAGUUCGGCGGGUACGGCUCCCCGGCCUCGCACGGGAUCUUCUUCGAGGAAGGCUACGUGCACAGUCCCCUGUUCGGGCCGAUGCCGACGGUGGACGACGCCGCCGCAGACGGGUUCCAGCUCGGUGGCUCCUCCUCCUCUUACUACUACUGACGAGUACGUAGAAGCUCGGGGUCUGCAGUUUGGUUGCGCGCCCGCCGGUGGACGUGGCGUUUUCCUUUUGGGUUUGGUCCGGUUUGGCUCUCUUCUCCUCUUGGAGAUUAGAUGGGGCCUUUUAAGAGUCUCUUCUCUUCCUCCUCCCUUUUAAUCUUCUCUUCGAACUCCUCCCUCGACAUUGUAUGUAUUGCUUUCUAUUGUCUCUCCAGUGAUCCUUGUUGAGCUGUGAUGGAUGUUGUAAUGAA